AUGGAAAAAAUACCGUUAGAAAUUCUUGCAACGGUUAGUAAAUACUUACAGAUAAUAGACAUUUUUAGUUUAUUGCACCUAAAUAGAAGUUUUAACUUUCUUUGGACGAGCUUUGAGUACUGGAGCAUAGUUUGUGGGGGAAGAAAAAAUUUUCUUGAGUUGCUUGCAAACGAAUUUAAUUGUGUUUUAGAGGAUUUGAGAUUAUUUAAUAUGAAUAAGAAUAAUCAGAACGACUUAGUUGAAAAUGAUAAAGAUGAAUAUUUUGGAUUUGAUUUAAAUACUCUUGCGGCUAAUUUGCAAAACUUAAAUAGUUUUAAUCAGAACACUUACUGUACGAAAUUUGCCGAUAAGUCAGUAAUAUGGAAAAUUUUUAUCAGAAGAAAGUUACAAAGUUGGAACCUAAUACAACUUAUCUCUAUUUUUCAGGAUAUCAAUAUUUACAAAUGUGAUAAAAAGAUAAUAGCUAUUUUCUCCCCUUUAAUAGCUGUAAUAUCAAACCAUUUUUUGGAAAUUUAUGAACUUAGAAAUUAUAGUUAUUCAGGGAAAAUAAGUUCUAAUACUGCUAAUGAAAAGUUGAUCUAUACAAAAAAAAAAUUGAUCACGCGAAUUAAUCUUAACUUACUUGAAGACUCAAAGGAUUCUUCAUGCAACAAUAAUAUUGCUUUAAAAGCAAGGACAACCAAAAUAAUAAAGUGGGCAUUUUUCGAUAAAAAUACAAUUUUUUGUGUUACAAAAGACUAUGGGAUCUAUUUUUAUGAAAUUGACAAUUUCUCUAAAAGAAUAGUUCUAAAGAAACCUUCAGUAAACCAUUCAAAUCUGCCAAAAGUUAUUAUAUUUGAAAUAUCCGGUAAUCUGCUUGCAAUUGGCUUAGAAGAUGGAAGUUUAGAUAUUUGGAAGUUGUGCUCUGGAUAUAAGAAUUCCAAUUUUAGUGGGGAGAGGUGGCUUUUAGUGCAUUAUAGUACAAUUCAUUACGAGCAUAUAUAUUCUCGGAAAAGUUUGAUUGAUUUUAUUGAAGAACUACCUUCACCGUUAACAUGGGUCAAUAUAUCUCAUACUUGUAACAUAUUAUUGGCAAUUUAUAAAGGGAUUGUAAAUGAAAUUAGGAUAUUUUCAAUUUAUAAUUUAGAUUUAAAUAAUAAACCAAUAUUAAUAAACAAAAUUCCUCUGAAUAGUGACAUUCACAUGUGCCAAAUAGAUCCGAAAGGAAGAUUUAUCAUUUGUGUUGAUUCAAAUAAAGAAAUUUACCCAAAAACUAGAUUUUACUCUCUUUCAUCCGGUAAGCUUCUUCUCAUGCAAAAUUUCAGAAUUAUUUGCCCAUUAUUUACCCCUUGCGGACAUCUAAUGAUCGGCGCAUAUCGCGCACACUUAAACAAUCCAAUUGAGAAAUCUUUGAAUACAAUUAAAAGUUUUAAAACAACCUCUAAAUAUAUUAAUGCUGAGUUUAUGAAUUGCUAUUUUAUCUCUAUUUGGAGUAUUCCAUCUUUUAAAGAGAUAUAUUCGUUUAAUUGUGGAGAAUCCGAACAAAUUAUUAAUAUUCGUUUUUCUAGAACUCGUGCCUCAACAUCUAUCGUUACAACAACGAUAAAUAGAAAUAGCUCGGGUUAUAUUGGUGGGCCGAUGGUCAAGACUUCUUCAAAUAUUUAUUUUAUUUCAAAUGAAAUUUUUACAUGUAUUAAACCAUUAAACUUAACAUACUUUUUUUGA